AUGUAUCAGUGGCAGAAGACUGCAGGCAUCAGUAUGUACUACUUAGUGUAUCGCUGGACUGUUGCCUGCAUGUUUCUCAGCAUCCUUUUGGCCUCCAUUGUGGAUGUGGGGCGAUCAGAGAACACAGUGGCUCACUAUGCCAAGUGGCCAAUCUAUUUGACACACUGGGGCUUCACCGUCUGCACCAUCCAAGCAGUACUAGGGGCGUAUCUCGUCACUUCAGCCCGUUUACAACAAGACAAGGAAGAAGAUGGAGGUGCGAUGAAGAUGGAUGGCAGUUUGCGAGCGUACUGGAUCCUUCACAGUUGCGGUACUGUGGGAGCCUUUGCCAUAACAGGCAUCUACUGGCUCUUCGUUUACAACCCAGCUGAGAACAAGUUGGAUGCACUGAACUUGCUGAUGCAUGCUGGAAACUCUGUUCUAAUGUUGACUGAUCUGAUUGUUGUGUCCCAUCCUGUCAGACUCAUAGACUUCUACUGGCCGAUCAUCUUCUCCUCUGUCUACGUUAUAUUCAAUUUCAUUUAUUACAUGGCUGGUGGCACGGACAGGAAAGGGCGCGUGUACAUCUACAAAAUCAUGGACUGGCAGAAACCCAGGGCAACCCUGAUCGUGAUCCAGCUGUGUAUUGUGUUUGUCCUCGUGCUCCACAUUUCCGUCUGCGUGUUCAGUCUGCUGCGGAGGCAACUAGCAGAAAUGCAACGGAGAAGGCAAGCUGCAGCUGCAGAGUCCAGGGCCAAGACCCUGCAAGGGGCCACUAAUGAGAUACCCAUUGAUGACCUCGCAUAGAGCAAUCAACACCUACUUUUGUGGUCGAUGAGUUUUUACGUUUUCUUUCACAGUCGUUGGAAGAAUAAGCUACAGUAUCACUCACAAUUGAAAGAGGAAUAUAGUGAUUUUUCAUCGAGUUCGUAAAGAAAAGAAUUGUAAAAUGUAAUAAGAAAAAAUAUUCAACUUUAGGAUACAUACCACAUAGCAAUAUUGAUUGAUUUAACAAAUAUGUUUAUAUCAAAAAUAAGUAAUAACUAUUCAUUUUAGAAUAAAUUAACUGGUAUUUAUUUAAAUUGUACUUAAGAGAAGUUGGUUUCAUUUAAAAAAUUAAUAUAACAAUUCAAAAUGUAGUAAAAUAUAGAAGCAACAAGGAAAAGGAUCUGAGCAUUUUCUCCUUUAUCUCUACAUAUACGAGGACCUCUUCUCUCCUUGUGCACUGCCUACCUCCCUCCUCCCGUUCUCUACAAUCCAACGCUAAUUUGUGUAUCAGCUGUUACCACAAAUUAUCAUACUGACUGUAUAAACCCCAUUUUCUUAUCAUAUAUAAUGUCCUGGUAUAUCCGUUUGAGGUCAGAAGUUGCACAAAGCUGCAGUUACUGUGCAGCACAGGUUCUUUUCUUUGUUGUCCCAUUUGUGUCACUUAAUUUGUGAAUUAUUAAACACAAUUUUUUUUUUUUAGAAUAAAAAAUUCAAACAAUCUAUUAUACACAUAUAAUGUAAUGAAUUUUUUUAUUUAAAAAAUAUAUUUUGAUGAUUAAUAAAAAAUAAACAAAGAUUUCACAAUUUCUUGGCAUUUAAGUAUCUUAGUUUUCUUAAAUUUUAGAUAAGCCAUUAAAACUUACUACGUAUUAUAACUAAGUUAUUAUUAUAAAUAUACAUUUAAUUGUAAAAAUAUUUGUAUUAUGUAACUAUGUGAUAGCUGGUAUUACAGUGAAGCACAAUUUUAUCAUAAUCAAGAAAAAAAGGGAGUGAGUUAUCCGUCCAUCUGUUGUCAGAGAUGAUACAGACAGAAGUCUUGACUGCUAGACACUAAGGUGAAUGUUCCUAAUGCUGUAUUAUAGUCUUAUAGUCUUACACCAGAGUUGCUCAGGAGCUACUGUUGUAAAUCUGUGAUCUAGAAUAAAAUGUAUUAAAAAUGCAUUCUAGAAAUGUAGUUACAUAUUUUGUUCCAAAAUAACUGAAAGAUUCAACCCUCUUCUGCUCAUAAUAUUUCCAGGCACAACCAGGUGCGAAACAGUAUUGAUUUUCUUGAGGGCUUCAUUUGUUUUAUUUCACCAUUAUCUUUAAUGUAAUAGAAGAUUUUUAAUUUUGAUACAGAACAAUUUUAGAAAGAAAUUUAUUCAUACUCAAAGAUUAGUUCAUUAAGUUGUUAUUUUGUGAUUAAAAUACGGGUGUGAUUAUUAUAUCCCAUAAAAAUGUAUUUUUUUUUUUUAAAUCUCAAAUGGGCCAUGGUCACGAGACCUCCUCCCUUGAUCCCUCACCGAGUAAAACGUUACUACUGUCACCAUUAAUUCGUUACUCCGAUGUGGAACACAUAACUCGCUGUACAUGUGGCUCACACAGGUUUUGCUAUAUUGUUUUAGUAUUUAUUAAUCAACCCUAACAAUAUCUACUCGUACGAACUAAAUUGUUAUUUGUUAUUGUUAUACUUAUCAAAAGAUGGUAAAGCAGUGCAAGUCAAUCCAAAAUGGCAUUGGCCCAUUUAUCUUAUAUUCAAUUAUUUUUUAUGAUAAUACAUAAAGAAAUGCAGGUGUUUACAGAACAUAGUAGAACACUGUUUGCUGGUCCAAUACCUUCUUGCUGCCUUGUCAGAAUUAGUGUCAAAUAUACUCGAAUUAUCACUGUCACAAAAAUAAUUUAGAAAUUGUCACUAGAGCACAAGACUUAUCAAAAGAAGAUGGUAAAGCAGUGCAAGUCAAUCCACAAUGGCAUUGGCCCAUUUAUCUUAUAUGCGGGAGAGGGUUAAAUCAUGGAAGCAGAAUAAUUAUAAAAUUUCACCCAAAGGCAUGUAUUUAUUUUUUAAAUGAGUAAUAAAGUAAAUAGAAUUUUACUGUGAUUGAUUCAUCUGCUCAUAAAACAUGGUUAAUUUAUAAAUGUUUUAAAUAUACUACUUAAAUAAUAAUUCAACGGAAAUGACACCAGUAGACUUACAUAAAUUGAAGACUUUAUCAGAUGCUGUAUUCUGCAGUACAUAAUAUAUUUUAUAUUGAAGUAUUUGUUUUAAAACAAAUUAUGUAAUUGGCUUUGAAUAAAUUUAGUAUUUUUAUUGCAUUAUUUAUAUUGCCUAUUGACAAUAUUUUUACAUGAUUGAUCCACUUAUAAAGUAGUUUUCUCAACACAGGCUGUAAUAAGAGAAAGACAAUUGUUUUUAUUGGCAAAAUCUGAACUUCUGAAAACACUGAUAAUUCUUGGUAGUUUGGAAAACAUUUAGAACAAACAUAAAAAAUCUAAUGGAGAUCACAUUAUUUAAAGAAUUUCUGUGGAAUAGUUCUGAGAAAUAAAUUGAAAGAAAUGUUUAAAUUGAUUAACAAGUAUUUAAAAUAUCUAUCAGGGGUAGGAGAUUUCAAAUUUUCAAACUUUUCUUGGUUAACUUAGACCCCAAAUAAUUAUUGUGUACCAAAUUUUUAAUUUCAUUUAUCUUAUACAGGAAGUCUUCCGUCUCUGUAAUUUCUCUGGCGCCCUUUCCCUCAAAACAGGCACAGAAUUAUCAUAGCUACGAUUAUUAUUGAGUUUAGAAUAUUUAGACCUAUCUUAGAUAUGUCAGAUUAUAUUUAUCAACCUUUUUGCCUUAAAUUAUAUCAGUAUUUGCUUAUUUCUUAGCUUGAUGUUAAAUUCCAUAUGUGUAUUAAAGUUUAUUUUUACAUAAA